AUUCCCGCGGCUUAGUGCGUCAAUCUCCGGGAGUCUUGCCUGGGCAACAUGGUUCGGAAGCGCGCGGCCGGUAGGGAGCCGCAGGGACGUGAACCGUGCGGCCGGAAGGCCAAGGGCAAGAGCACGGCCCGGCGUGAGGAGAAGGAGGCGGAUGUCUUGCAAGAUGAGAAACCUCUAACGAGGAGCCUUCUCUCCAAAGUCUCACGAGAAACCAGGAAGAGAGGUUGCAGUGAUCCCGGGGGCCCCGCACACAGUCCAGCCAAAAGGAAGGCGGCCAAGGUGACUGUUAAAUCUGAAAAUGCCGAGGUGAAGGAUGAAGCUCUCAGCGAUGGGGAGGACUUCAGGGACUUUGCAAGUGCCCCCAGGAAGGCACACCAUCCAAAGAGAGAGGCUGCUGUGGACAAAGGCAGCUGUGAAGGAGACGAGGAGGAAGAAAGUGACGAUGAUUGGGAAGAGGUAGAAGAACUUAGUGAGCCUGUGCCGAGUGAUGCAGGAGAAAAUGCAGCCUUCUCUAAAUCUGUCCUGCCUGUGAAGCCAGUGGAGAUAGAAAUUGAAACACCCCAGCAGGCAAAAGCCAGAGAAAGAAGUGAAAGGAUAAAAAUGGAGUUUGAGACAUAUCUUCGGAGGAUGAUGAACCGUUUCAGUAAAGAAGUCCGUGAGGACACACACAAGGUUCACCUGUUGUGCCUGCUGGCAAAUGGUUUCUAUCGCAGUAACAUCUGCAACCAGCCAGAUCUGCUUGCCAUCGGCCUGUCCAUCAUCCCAGCUCGCUUUACCAAAGUGCCACCUCAGAACGUGGAUGCCUGCUACCUGUCGAACCUGGUGAAAUGGUUCAUUGGAACAUUUACAGUUAAUGCAGACCUUUCAACCAACGAGCAAGAUGGCCUACAGACCACAUUGGAAAGGAGAUUUGCUAUUUACUCUGCGCGGGAUGAUGAAGAGUUGGUCCACGGAAAGAAAGCUUCCAAGGAGAGAUCUACAGAGGGUCCCGGAGGCUCCUUGGAAACUUCCAGCCCAGUUCCGGAAAACCAAGCUAAACCCAAGAGCGGCAAGGGGACCGGACAAGAGAGCACUCCUGCGGGCACUGGCAGUCCGAGCGCCAGAGGGAAGAGGAGCAAGGCAGCCGUGGUUGGGAAGAAACGGCGUGGGCCCUCCUCCAGUGAGGAAGAGGAGCGCAAGGCGAGGGGGCAGGAGGAGGGCCCCCGGAGGCGUCGGCAGGGCCAGGAGCGGCAGGUGGCCUCCAGGGUGUCGUACAAAGAGGAGAGUGGGAGUGAGAGGGGCAGCAGCGGCUCUGACUUCGAGCCGUCCAGUGGGGAAGCCCGUCAUUCAUCCGAUGAGGAUUCUGAGCCUGGCCUUCCCAGGCAGAGGAGGGCCCCGGGCCCCCAGAGGACAAAGGCAGGGUCUAAGAGUGACUCCAGGAGCCACCGUGGAAGGCACCCUAGGCGCUCUGGCUUUCCGGCAGCGUCCACGAGCUCUUCGAGCAGUAAGAGCAAGCGAGGCAAGAAAAUCUCCAGUGAUGGUGAGGGGGCACAGAGAGGGGCAGCGGCCGGCAGAGACCAGUGGCUGGAGGUGUUCUGUGAGCAGGAGGAAAAGUGGGUGUGUGUGGACUGUGUGCACGGUGUGGUGGGCCAGGCCGUGACCUGUUACAAGUACGCCACCAAGCCCAUGACCUACGUGGUGGGCAUCGACGGUGACGGCUGGGUCCGGGAUGUCACCCAGAGGUACGACCCAGCCUGGAUGACCACAACCCGCAAGUGCCGAGUUGAUGCCAAGUGGUGGGCUGAAACCUUGAGACCGUAUCAGAGCCCGUUGGUGGAGAGGGAGAAGAAGGAGGACUCAGAGUUUCAGGCAAAGCACCUGGGCCAGCCUUUGCCAACGGUCAUUGGCACGUAUAAGAACCACCCUCUGUACGCCCUGAAGAGGCAUCUCCUGAAAUACGAGGCCAUCUACCCCGAGACAGCCGCCAUUCUGGGGUAUUGUCGAGGAGAGGCUGUCUACUCCAGGGAUUGCGUGCAUACCCUGCACUCCCGGGACACGUGGCUGAAACAAGCGAGAGUGGUGAGGCUGGGAGAAGUGCCCUACAAGAUGGUGAAGGGCUAUUCCAACCGGGCCCGGAAAGCCCGCCUCGCCGAGCCCCAGCUGCAGGACCAAAAUGACCUGGGUCUGUUUGGCAGGUGGCAGACGGAGGAGUACCAGCCCCCUGUGGCUGUGGACGGCAAGGUCCCCCGGAAUGAAUUUGGGAACGUGUACCUCUUCCUGCCCAGCAUGAUGCCUGUCGGCUGUGUCCAGCUGAACCUGCCCAACCUGCACCGCAUAGCCCGCAAGCUGGACAUUGACUGUGUCCAGGCCAUCACUGGCUUCGACUUCCAUAAAGGCUACUCCCAUCCCAUAACUGACGGCUACAUUGUCUGUGAGGAAUACAAAGACGUGCUCCUGGCUGCCUGGGAAAAUGAGCAGGCACUCAUCGAAAAGAAGGAGAAGGAGAAAAGGGAGAAGCGGGCCCUCGGGAACUGGAAGCUGCUGGUCAAAGGACUGCUCAUCAGGGAGAGGCUGAAGAUUCGCUACGGGGACAAGAGCGAGGCCGUCGCUGCCCAGGCACAUGCGGGAGGUGGACUCUCUUCUGAUGAAGAGGAGGGGACCAGCUCUCAAGCAGAAGCAUCCAGGAUCCUGGCUGCCUCCUGGCCCCAAAACCGAGAGGCUGAAGAGGAGCAGAAGCCACAGUGCCCUAAGAAGACCAAAAGGGCAAAGAAAGCGGCAGCCUCCCACCUGUUCCCAUUUGAGAAGCUGUGA